AAACAUCACAUUCGCCAGGCACACUGCAACUGCAUGUGUAGACACACAAUAACCAAUAAGCAUAAGGCUGUGGGAUGCUGCAAAUGGAUGUAAAAUAUUUUGACAUAUCAGCACAUCUGAGGUUUUAUAAUUAUGGGGCCAGAUAUUAGUACUUUUUGUUCCAACAAUCCCUCUGUAACACCAUAUUCUGCUGUCCUCUAUAAUACAUUUAAAUAUGAAAGAUAUACAUUCUGGAUGUUGGUUUUGAGGAAAAGUAACAUUUGGUUUACUUUUCAUUCUAUGUAUAUGCCCAUCUUUUUCUAGAGUGUGAUAUGUAAUGUAAAGUAUACUAGACCAAAUAACAGAAAUAACCUCUUUUUACACUAGACCAUCACAGAGCAGCGGUGAGGUACAGAUUGAGUUGACAACUGAAAGGGCCUCCGGAAGUCAAGUUAGAUUUGAAAGCACGUUCACAGGAGCACAGGGAAAUGAGACAACAAGGGCCAGGAACACAAGACACUCGGUGCCACCUCAGGAAAUGUUGCCUUCUCCUGAGGUAGUUGACAUCGAUCCCACUGAGGAAAGUGGCUUCUCUGAUUGGAGAAUAGCACCAGAUCCCACAGAGGCAGCAAAGAUGUUUAAAGAAGACAUUUUAAGCCAGCAUGCAACUGGAAAAUCCUUGUGUCUUACUAUGGAUCUUGGAGACAGUGCAGCGGAAAGGGAAAGAGCAGUCCUUACUUUUUAUAAGAAGGCAAAUGUUGAGUGGGCUUGCCCCUUGACAUGCACACUUAAGGGAGAUCCAGCCAUUGGUGAUGGUGUGACUCGGCAUUUCUUUGCAACCAUCAUGUCAAAACUUCAGGCUGGUUUUGAGAUGAAGUUUGUGCCUGGAGGAACUCUUCUUUUUGAAAGAGAACAAGAUCAUCUGAUUCCCUCCACUUCUCAUCUCCUUUUGGAGAGUGACUUCUUUGUUGUUGCUGGCCGAAUGAUUGGACAUUCAUUCCUCCAUGAUGGGCCAUGCCUAGGUGGACUGAGCCCAGCUGUCCUGCAUGUGCUCUUUGGUGGAUCCCCAGAAGAAGCCACAAUAGAUAUUAAGGACUGUGUUGACCUUGAUAUCCGUGAGACAAUCAAGUUGCUGGAGGGAACAGCAGAGUUAUCAUCAGAAGAAAAAAAGCUCAUCAAUGAGUUGGCACUGUCCUGGGAUUUGCCUCUAGUCACAUGUGACAACAGGAGAUGGCUAUUUGAUAAACUGAUCCUCCAUGCUGUCCUUGGAAGAACCUCCAGACAAGUCAAGCAGUUACGAAGGGGUUUAAAAGAGACACUGAUCUGGCCUCUGCUGACGGAGAGGAAAGACACGAUUCCCCUUCUCUUUCCAAGAGCAUCUGAUUUGCAGUGCACACCACGGAUGGUGUUGGAGAAGAUAAACUGGCCCACACAGGAUGAGGAUGAAGACAGUGAAGUCUCUUUGGAGGAUUCCUGUAGGCUCACAGGAUUCCUGCGCACAUUUAUUGAGAUGGCAUCUCCCGUUAUCCUUGGGAAACUUGUGCAGUUCUGGAUAGGAUGGAAUGUGCUUCCUAGACAUGGCCUGGAUGUGACCGUGGUGGAGAGCAACUUCCCCAGCUCUUCCACAUGCUUUCACCAGCUGAAACUUCCAGGACAUUACAAAGAGUACUGUAUGUUUGAAAGGGACAUUCUUGCUGCUAUUUGGAGCACUGAAACUGGGUUCGGGAUGGUCUGAAGAGACGGACACACCUUAGUACUAGAUUUGUUGUCUUUUGUUUGGCCGGCCAAAAAUGUAUGUUUUCAGAGAGGAAAAAAAACUCAGUUAAUGCCUAUACUCCGGCCAGUUUGUGUAACACUGAAAAUAUAUAAAGAUAAACAUGCUUUCCUUGUUAUUGCACAUAACAAAGAAAGCAUGUUUAUCUUUAUAUAUUUUCAAAGUUUUAAAUUGAUAUUCGUUACAAAAUGUUCAUUAACUGUAACAAAUGUAUAUUUCUUGAUGCAUUACAGUAAGUGUUGAUUCACAACAAGCAUAUGUUCAGUGCAACACAUGUUUCAAAUGACUACUGAACGUAACUUCAUUACCAUCUAAUUUUUAUUGUAUUAAAAUCGAAAUAUACUGAAUCUUG